UAAAAUAAAAAAACAAAAAAGUAGAAGAAGAUAGCUUAAGAAAAGGAGAAUGAGAUUGAUUAAGGAAUGAAGAGAAAGGUGUCCUUCCUUGAGCAACGGCGCUGUUAGAGAUCCAAUGCCAUUUUUCACCAUAAAACAACCCAACCCAACAACAACAAUUUAACCGAUCAAUGAAUGAAUGAAUAAUUGGAUUCAACAAUCAACACUACUCCAUGCCUUUUUUUUUAAUUCUUUCUCUCACACACUCCCACGUGCUCUCUCCUUCUUCUCCUCAUUCACAAUCCAAAUCUAUUCCUAAAUAAAUACUAUUAUUUCUUUUCAAAAUUUAAAUAUAUAUUUCUCUUUCUCUUUCUCUCUCUCCCCAAUAUUAUUACUUAUAUAUAUAUAUAUGUGGAGAAAGAAAGAACCAAUUUUUCAGUGAAAGAUACCUCUUUUACAAUACCCUUUUGAUCAGAGUGCAGAAUAGUGUCGAGAUUCUACAGCCACUUGCAUGCCCAUUUUCGGUUUCACUUUCUUCAACCUUUUUUUUCAUCCAUAACCGUUAACUGUUACUGUCCUUGUUUCAGUGGAAGAUUUUAUUAUGGAUAAAUAUGAGGUUGUUAAGGAUUUGGGCUCUGGGAAUUUUGGAGUCGCUAGACUCUUGAGGAACAAGGAGACUAAGGAACUCGUUGCCAUGAAAUACAUCGAGCGUGGCCACAAGAUUGAUGAGAAUGUGGCAAGAGAGAUUAUCAACCACAGGUCCCUUCGUCACCCGAAUAUAAUUCGCUUCAAGGAGGUGGUUUUGACCCCAACUCAUUUAGCAAUAGUUAUGGAGUAUGCAGCUGGAGGGGAACUCUUUGAGAGGAUAUGUAAUGCUGGCCGGUUCAGCGAAGAUGAGGCUAGAUAUUUCUUUCAGCAGCUGAUAUCCGGUGUCCAUUACUGUCAUGCCAUGCAAAUAUGCCACAGAGAUUUGAAGCUGGAAAAUACACUUUUAGAUGGAAGUCCUGCACCUCGCUUGAAAAUUUGUGACUUCGGUUAUUCCAAGUCCUCUUUGCUUCAUUCCCGACCGAAAUCAACUGUUGGAACUCCAGCUUAUAUAGCACCAGAGGUUCUUAAUAGGAGGGAGUAUGAUGGCAAGUUGGCUGAUGUGUGGUCAUGUGGAGUGACUCUUUAUGUCAUGCUGGUUGGAGCAUAUCCCUUUGAGGAUCAAGAUGAUCCUAGAAAUUUUAGGAAAACAAUUCAGCGCAUUAUGGCUGUUCAAUACAAAAUCCCUGAUUAUGUUCAUAUAUCUCAAGAUUGCAAACACCUCCUAUCUCGUAUAUUUGUUGCUAAUCCCUUAAGGAGAAUUUCUCUCAAGGAAAUCAAGAACCACCCGUGGUUUUUAAAGAAUCUUCCACGGGAGCUAAUUGAAUCGGCUCAAGCCGCCUAUUACCAAAGAGGCAACCCAAGCUUUUCUAUUCAAAGUGUGGAUGAGAUAAUGAAAAUUGUGGGAGAAGCAAGAGAACCUCCUCCGAUAUCUAGGCCCGUCAAAGGUUUUGGCUGGGAAGGCGAAGAAGAAGAAGAAGAAGUGGAAGAAGAGGUGGAGGAAGAGGAGGAGGAUGAAGAAGAUGAGUAUGACAAGAGGGUCAAAGAGGUUCAUGCAAGUGGAGAAUUUCAUAUCAGUUAAGCAAUGUGUAAUUCUUGUGGUACUUCGUUAUAAAGUAUUAGUAUUAUUUUUUUAUGCUACAAGUUACCUAUUUAUGUGUACUAUAAUUUAUAACUAGUAUAAACCAGUGAGUAAGUUUGACUUAUGACAUUGUUCAUGUAAUUUACUAUCAGUAUCAAGAUCAUGGAAUCCGUGUUUGAGGAGAACAAUAGUUGUAUGAUAACAUUUUCAAUUA